AUGGCAGAUACGUCCGAUGCGAAGCCACUGGCCGGCAUCAUCAUCCGCCCCGGCACGGCCGCCGACGCCGACGCCAUCAGCCAGGUGCACUACGAGGCGCUGGAUCGGUUCCACGCAUUUUACGGGACGUUUUUCAAGAAGCACCCGCGGGAGCUGAUUCCGAUCAUGACGAGACGGGCGUUUGCCGAGACGCGCCGGCCGGUGCAGGUGUUUUAUGUGGCGGCGGAGGAGAAGGGGGAGGAUGGGGAGGAGGGGGAUGUGGUGGGGUUUGUGCGGUUCAGUAUUGAAGAGGCCAAGACGGAGGAGAAGAAGGAAAAGGAAGAGGUCAAGGAGAAAGAGGAGGAGGAGGAGGAGGAAUCGCCGUUUGCGUGUAAGGAGGCGCUGAAGGAGGUGUGGAAGGCGUUUGGAGAGGAGCAGGCCAAGAGGGAUGGGAUGCUGAAAGAUGCCGCCAAAGGGCAGCGACACAUGUGGAUCCAGCAUCUCAUGAUCCGGCCAUCGCAUCAGCGUCGGGGCAUCGGCCACGCGCUCCUCGCCAGGGCCCUGCUUCGCGCCGACGCGGCGCGGCUGCCGGCGGUGAUUGUGUCGUCGGCCGAGUCGGUGGGCUUGUACGGCAAGGUCGGGUUCGUGUCGCUGGGCAGCUUUCGGCUGGAUAAUGGGCGGUGGGCGCGGGAGGCGGUGCGGGUGCUGACGGAGGAGGAGGAGGAGGAGGAGGAGGAGGAGGAGGAGGAGGAGGAGGAGGGCGAUCAUUACAUGCUGGUGGAGAGGUACGAUGGGGUGUUUGAGGUGGAGGAUGUGAUGGUACGGGCCGUGGUGGUGGGCGGGGAAGUAGAGCAAGUGUAG